UGAAUAUUACAAAUGUGACUUACUGUGAAUGUCACAAACAGUAAAACAUAUACGUGAUUCAUACUUCCUGGUUGUCAGCCCUGAUUCAUAGGACCAUGGUUGACCGAUUGGUAAAUAGUGAGGCUAAUGCCAGACGUAUUGCUAUGGUCGAAAACUGCUUUGGCAGUUCUGGCCAGCCACUCGCAGUACCUGGAAGAGUUUUAGUUGGAGAAGGUGUAUUAACAAAAAUUUGUAGAAAGAAGCCAAAACCAAGACAGUUCUUUUUAUUUAAUGAUAUAUUGGUUUAUGGAAAUAUUGUAAUGAACAAAAAGAAGUAUAACAAACAACAUAUUAUACCACUUGAAGAGGUCAAGCUUGAGUCUUUAGCAGAUGAUGGUCAGUAUCGCAAUGGUUGGCUCAUUAAGACAGUAACAAAGUCAUUUGCUGUUUAUGCUGCCACUCCAACAGAGAAGCAAGAAUGGAUGGCUCAUAUUACAAAAUGCAUUGAAGAUUUAUUAAGAAAGAGUGGUAAAAAACCAGUUGAAGUACAUGCAGCUGUUUGGGUUCCAGAUAAUGAAGCUACAAUUUGUAUGCACUGUAAUAAAACACAAUUUACAGUUUUAAAUAGACGGCACCAUUGUAGACAAUGUGGGGCUGUAGUAUGUGGGCCUUGCAGUAAUAAAAAGUUGUUAUUACCUGGACAAGGAAACGGAAAAGCAGUUAGAGUAUGUUUACAAUGUUAUGAUGCAGCUAGUAAAGUAAAGGCAUCUUCUCCAACUGUUGGUGAUAGUUUGAAUAAUAAGGAUCAACAACGUAAUUCGGCUGAUAGUUCAGGUGGCGAUAGUUCUGGUGAUGAUGAUGAUGGAAAUAAGGAAGAAAAUCAUGAUGAGCCUAAAUUUUACUCUACACUUGCCCGAUGAAGUUGACUAUAAUUAUAUUAUACUAAAUAACACUGCAAACUGGAAUAUUAUUGAAAACAAUAUUUUUUAAAAUUACUAACUUUAAAUUGUCAAUAAUAUUAAAAGUUAUAGUGAUUUAAACAUUGUUGAAACUAUUUUUAAAUUAUAUUUAUGCAAAGAGGUAAGAAAAAUGUCUGUGUAUAAAUAAUUUGUGUAAUUUUAUAUCGAAUUUUGGAAUCUAAUACAGUUUAUAUGCAUAUCUAAUUUACGAGAAUAAUCUCAAAAUAUCUUCGAUAUUAAAACUUACUACAUUGCUGUAGUAUUUACACAGACAUUUAACAAAUAAGACUACUAUUUUUAACUCUUUAUAUCUUGUAAAAAAUAAUUCGCUACAAGAGGGAUUUGAAAUUUCGAUCCGUUUAUAUUUGUAUUAUCUUGUUAUAUUGUAAUAUUCAAUAUUUACUACGAUCAAGUACUACUUUCUGUUGAUACAAUAUUUUAAGAAUGUAUGCCACACUGUGCCUUUCUAAAUCGAAAAUUUGUUCUUUUGUACUAUUUUGGAACAACUGAUACUAAUUUCAUGUCAAUUUUAGAAAAAGUAUAUUAUAUAAUAA